AACAGGACGCAGCUGCAGUCCGCAGAUCACCGUCAAACCUUCAACAGAGAGACUUUGUUUUACAUCUCUUUCCUCUGACUCCUCCGCGCUCAGACCUCCUGCCUGUUGCACACUCUGUCUGCAGUCUUGCUUCUGUCGCGCUGCAAGCAUGGCUGCCAUCAAGGCGUUGGAGCAGUGGUGUAAAAUGCAGUGUGAGGGCUACCGAGAUGUGGCCAUCACCAACAUGACGACUUCAUUCAAGAACGGGUUGGCUUUUUGUGCGCUUAUACAUAAGUACAGACCGGACCUGGUAGACUAUGACUCACUCAGAAAGGAGGAUGUGUUUGAGAACAACAGACUGGCUUUUCACAUCGCAGAGGAGAAGCUGGGGAUCCCGGCUUUGUUAGAUGCAGAGGACAUGGUGGCUUUAAGGAUCCCAGACAGGCUGAGCAUUCUUACCUACGUCUCCCAGUACUACAACUACUUCAAAGGACGGCCUCCCAGUGAGAAUACGUCUGCUUUAAAAAUCCCUAUGGGAGGUGUGAAAAGGCCAGCAGAGGGCUCCAAGGAGGAGCCAUCAGAGAAAAAAAAUCUCCCAGUGGUUGCCAAAAGCUUUGUAUCUAAAAAUGCCAUUGAAAGCUGUUUACCUUCCACUCGCACAGCUCAGACCUCACCCAAAUUAGCCACAGCUGCUACUGAGAAGGUAGUUUUGGCCGAAAACAUCAGCAAAAAUGGAACUCUCAAUAGCAGAUGUGUUGCAUGCAACGGCCAUGUUCAUCUUGUUCAGAGGCACUUUGUGGAAGGCAAGCUCUAUCACAGAAGCUGUUUCAAGUGCAGUGAGUGCUCCAGCGUGCUUCAUGUAGGUGGCUACAAACCUGGGAAGAAUCCAGACGCUUUCAUCUGUAACACCCACCAGAAUGGCUUCAAGACUUCCUCCUCAAAGGCGCUGAUCAAAAAUGGUCUUACCAAGUCAGCUGGGCAACCACCAAAUGAUGCCAGCCUAAACCAGCCUUCACCACGCCCUCCUUCAGUGUUGUCAGCCCCACUGAAUAAUGUUGUGAAACCAGUCGCCCCUUCUCCAGCUUCACAGUCCUGGACAGCCUCAGCCCAGAAGACGCAGGCUGCCCGACAGAAGUUUUUCCAGGCUGCGCCACAAGUUACUGAGACCUCCAAAGAUAACAGGAAGCCAACAGAGCAGUCAAGUGUUACAGGAAGGCCAAAGGUCCCACCUGAUGAUGAAAAGAGCCAGGCGAGGGUAAUGAUUGGAAAGAAACUAGCAGAGGAAAACUGCAACAAUAAUAACAAACGCCCAUUUACAAUCCGAUCAGCAGAGAGAUGGUUUGGUGAUGAGUCAAGUUCAACUGUCAGCUCUGGUUUGAGAAAGGAGAAACGGAGCCAAGGCCCAGCAGGAAACUGGGCAGGACAGCCCUCCACCAGCCAGGCAAACAAUAAGGAAUUGCUAUGUCUAAAGGCCAUCAAUAAAGACAACACAGGGCCAACAACUGUACACAAAACUGCCAAAGAUCCAGUCUACUGUGAGUGGCAAACAAAGUGCAAACCUGUUAAAACCGAGCUUGAGCUAAAAGAUGGUGAAACUCAAGUCCUUACAGAGAAUCACGCACCUGGAUUCAUGUCCACACCUCCGUCUAAUGUCUCAAUUAGUCCAACGAGGCUUCCUUUGGCUCAAACACCUGCAGUACCAGCAGUUAGCUUUGCUCUGUUUGAUCCUGCAUGCUUUAGGGAAGUCAGUCCCCAGAAACCUCAGCCUGCGUCUGAAAGCCUAGAUUUUAAACUUGGGGGUUGCUUGCCUGUGAAAUCCCCACCCAGACUGCCAGCUGUGAAAUCUAUUAGCUCUUCAACUACUGUUCCUGCCAGUCAUGGAAAUCCAUCAGCUGCUAAAAAGGGAAAGUAUUUGUCACCCACCAACGCCUCCAGGACUGAAAUGAGGUCACCCUCUGUGAGGUCUUAUCAUGUUCCAAUGGAGCAAAUUGAAAGGGAGCUGAAUGAUAUUGAGACAAACUUGGUUCACUUGGAGAAGGAGGGUGUGGAGCUGGAAAAGAAGCUCAGAAGCUGCGAGGAAGGUGGAGAAGGAGACAUUUUGAUGGACCCACUGAUGGUUGACUGGUUUAACCUCAUUCGAAAAAAGCAGAUGUACAUUAGGAAGGAAUCAGAGCUUGUUUACAUAGCCAGGACUCAAGAGCUGGAGCAGCAGCAGCCAGGUGUUGAGGGGGAACUUCGCAGGUUGCUGGAGAAGCCAGAUCAUUUAAAGUCCAGAGAGGAGCAACAGCAAGAGAAGAAAUUGAUGCAGCAGCUGAUGGAAAUCGUGGAUGGCAGAAAUGCGAUUGUGGAGGUUCUGGAUGAGGACAGGCUGAGGGAAGUGGAAGAAGAUCAGCAGUUGAAUAAAAUGAUGCAGAAUCUUGGAGUGAAGAAAGCCAAAAACAAGAGGAAAUCCUCCAUCUCAAAACUCUUCAGGCGAAGAAGUAAAAGACGCUUUGAAUAAUCCUUGAUGGGUUUUUUUUUUUUUUUUUUACUAAAUUGUCAUUAUUUCUGUUGUAUUAAUAUUCCCUUUAAAUAUUUAAGUUUUUGUGAAAUGUGCAGUUCUCUGUGUGCUAAUGUGAAUGGUAACAGAAGAGAUCUCAAAUUUGGAAGCAUAAUUUUUGUUUAAAGAAUCACUUACAGUUUAUUGGUUUGUUACUUAAGAGGAGGGUGAGUGAUGUGUUUUUUUUUUUCUUGUUUUUCCACUAUUGUCACUGUUAGUAGUUCAUAUAUUAUAAUUUCAAUGUCACUAAGGUAAAGUAAAUGCCACAUUUUUUUUAACAGAUAGAUAUUCUUGGAUUGAGGUAACCUUUUAACACUUUUAACAUUGCACUUGGUUUGAAUCGACUGUCGUGAUGUCUAAAUUAUGAGGGAACAUUAGCUCUUCAACGUGCGAAUAGGAGUGAGGAGCAUAAAUGUGUAAUCCUUCGCCAGUCUUGAGUCAAAAUGAAAUUAUUUCAGUAUUUAUUUAAUAAUGGAUUUUAACAAAUUUCCUGUAAGGAUAUUAGAGGGAGCCUUGACAAUUAAGUUUGAAUGGCUGCGGAGUGUAAAAUGGGGAGCCACACAUGUUGAACUGUUAGACUGUAGUUCCUCUCUCACACUGUACUGUAGGUGGCAGCCUGGGUAUGCUGUAUCACAAGGCAAGAACUUGGAAAUCCAAUUUGCCACAGUACAGACAGUUAAUUUCUUUACUAAUUUUAUAAAUGCUGCAAAAAUGUUCAGCUGUGCUGAUGCAAUAAUGUUAUGUGAAAGAGGAUUAGGGAGAGCAGUAGCUUAUGGCUGGCGAAGGCUUAUAAACUAUAGGAUGUAUUGAGCUCUUUAUCUUCAAACCUGGUUUAAUUAAACAUUACUCUUUACUAAUAUCUGCAUCAGAAUUGCUCCAUACCUGAGCUAUUAAAAUGUUGAAAUGACAUGCGAGGUCACUCAUCUGUGAAAAUGGCAUUUGCUGUGUUUGUAAGGAAUGCUCUGUAAUGUUGCAUUUUAGAAGUGUUAUUGAACGGUAUGUAUAUGUUCUCUAUUUAUAGUCUUUUAAAACUUGAAAU